GGCCGGAUAGCGACUCGGUGUCAGCGCAGUUGUUUCGGAGGCACUUCUUAGGUCGGCCGAUAUCGGCGUGCCUGACUGUACAAGAUAGUAUUGUGAGCAAUGAGGAGCCAUUCCUCCUAUCUCAUAAUGAAGACCUUGGGUGCGGGGCUUAUUGUCGCGCUUUUCACGACAGUGAGCGCCCACAAUUACAUUGAAAUGACGGAGAACUUCGAGGGCAAGAUCACUGGAUACCCCGUUGCGCUCGUGAAAUUCUUCGCUCCAUGGUGCGGACACUGCAAACGACUUGCACCGGAAUUCGACAAGGCUGCGGGAAUCCUUAAGAACAACGAUCCUCCCGUGAUUUUAGCCACCGUGGAUUGUACGGCUGAUAGCGGCAAGGAUGUCUGCUCAAAGUAUGGCGUUUCUGGCUACCCGACCCUAAAAAUCUUCCGUGACGGAGAACUUUCUCAAGAGUACAAUGGACCUCGCGAGGCUGGUGGCAUCGUCAAGUAUAUGAAGGCACAAGUCGGACCUGCCUCGAAGGAAGUUAAGACAAAGGGCGAACUCGAAUCUCUACUCAAACGUGAUGAGACUGUCAUCUUGGGUGUGUUCAAAGAGAAGGACUCUAGUCUACACAAGGUGUUCCAGAAGGUUGCUGAUAAGGAACGCGAGCGUUACACGUUUGCCCAUACCCAUGAGGCCGCACUUGCCGAUGCCAAAAAGCUUUCAGACGAUGUCGUGCUCAUCCGUGCGAAGAAAUUCCACAGCAAAUUCGAGGAUAAUGAAGUUGUCUACGACGGGUCUCCGGACGCAGUCGCGUUGGAAUCGUUCAUUAGGAAGCGGUUCUUUGGUCUCGUUGGCCACCGUACCCAGGAGAACUAUCAACAGUUCGAUAACCCGUUGCUCAUUGCCUAUUAUGAUGUCGACUACGACAAAAACACUAAGGGCACGAACUACUGGCGUAACCGUAUUAUGAAGGCCGUCAAGGAGUUUUCUGGCAAGCUUUCAUUUGCUGUUUCCAACAAAGAUCAGUUUGCUGGUGAGCUUGACGAGUUUGGUCUGAAAGCUGCUGAUAAGCCCGUGAUUGGCAUCCGUAACGAGAAGCAGCAGAAAUUCAGAAUGGAGAGUGACUUUUCGAUCGACAAUCUGAAUCAGUUCAUCAAGGAUUAUUUUGCUGGCAAGCUCGAACCACACUUCAAAUCCGAGGAUGUGCCAGAGAAAAAUGAUGGACCAGUGAAAGUCGCUGUCGCUAAAAAUUUUGAUGAGCUCGUGGUGAAGUCUGACAAGGAUAUUCUCAUUGAGUUCUAUGCGCCGUGGUGCGGUCACUGUAAGAAGCUAGCCCCAACAUAUGAAAGCCUUGGGACAGAGUUGGAAAAUGAGGAUGUUCUUAUUGUCAAGAUGGAUGCCACUGCUAACGAUGUUCCUGCACCAUUCGAGGUUCAAGGGUUCCCCACACUGUACUGGCUACCGAAGGGUGAGAAGUCUAACCCGCAAAAAUAUGACGGUGGCCGAGAUCUCAACGACUUCAUUAAAUAUAUUGCAAAACACGCCACGAAUGAACUAAAGAACUAUGACCGUUCCGGUAAUAAGAAGAGCAAGAGCGAGCUGUAAACAGCAUCCAACAACUAGAACGCAAGAUGUUCCUUGCCUUAGUUCAGUAAGUCGUUCCGUCGGCUAGCUUCCGUGGGCACAGGAAGCUUGGUCUCUGGUGUAGAUUUUAAGCCGCAGACAUACAUGCAGAACAUGCUGUCUUAGGGGGGCUUGAGGAAUACCUUUUGUCAUUAAUCUUUAUUUUUAUUUUAUUAAUGAGUAUGCAAAGGAACUAAAACUGGAAACAAGCUGGAAGAAAGGUCUGUCGUAUAAUUGAGUGGUAUGUCUUCAAGUAUUUUUAAUAAAAAUAAUAACAAUCUUAA